AUGGUGCCUCACUUGUGCAGCGCGGAGCACAGGAGAAAAAAAGAGGGUCGCUGGGCGGGGAUCCGAUUCAACACAUUGGCGGCGGACAUCCUAGGGCCCGUGACGUUGGCAGCAAAGUCUCGUGCGAAGCACAUCUUAGUGAUGACGGACUUGUUCACGAAGUAUGCAAUUGCCGUCCCACUUGCAUCCACGGAUUCGGCAGAGGUGGCCCGGGAGAUAGUCGAGAACUGGGUACUCAAGUUUGGGGCACCAAACAUCCUGCACACCGAUCAAGGGAAGAACUUUGGGAGCAAUCUCAUCCUCGAAAUGUGCCCACUGCUGGGGAUCGAUAAAUCCCGCACAUCCCCGUACCACACCCAAGGCAAUGGGCAGGUAGAACGUCAUAAUAGGGUAAUUGCGGACGUCAUUUCAAAGUACUGCGCGGACAACCCCCGGACAUGGGAUACAGUAUUGCCCUACUUGAAUUUCGUCUAUAAUACUACCAUCCACCGAACAACCGGUGCGACCCCUUUCAAUCUAGUACAUGGACAGGAAUGCCAGUACCCAAUUGACCUGUUCUACCCAAAACCCUACGACGAAGUUCCGACACAGGAUGGGUUUGUAGAAUGGCUCGACGAACAAUUCCGAGACGCCCAUAGCAGCGCUCUAGAGCUACUGGGAACUAAUCAGCGACGCCAGAAGGAUCAAUAUCGGAAAAGAGUUCACGGAGAACCGUACGCGACGGGAGACAAAGUGUGGUUUUGGGCGAAAGAGAAGAUAAAGUCGAAGAAGUUCUUCUUACCAUGGGAUGGGCCCUAUGUGGUCUUGGCCAAAGUCUCUGAAGUGAAUUACAAGGUGGCCAAACCCUCCACCCCCGCAAAGGUCCGGUAUUUGCAUUUUAACAUGUUGAAACCGUAUGUGGAGGAGAACCCGCAAUCCAACGAGGCUUCCCGCUCUAAGCGUCCGACCCCUUCACGGUCGGUCAGAUUCUUUGACGACCCUGGAAUUAGAGACGACGAAUUAGAAAAUUUGGAAUUGGCUAUUGGAGAGACCCACGAGUUAAUACCAUUGAGGUUACCUACCCCACGACUAACUCCGAAUGCCCGGUUGAACGACAAACCCCUAGAGAGCCCUAACCCAAUAGAGGAUCCGAACCAAAUCGAAGCCGAAGUAGUGGAGACUUACGACGCAGCCGAACUGGAGACCAGAAGGGAAGACGACCAUACGAACGCGCCAGCGGACCAGGAACUUGCUCCACCAGAACCUAACGAAUCCUUGGAGUUGAGGGGAGAGCACGAGGCAGAGGGCGAGGGCCGACCUAGUCGUAGACGGCGACCUCCUAUCGUAAAUUGUAAUCUACAUUUGAACUCAUGGCUGGUCGGGCUGGCAAUCCUCUUGCUACUUGGAGUCUUGCCCUCAUCGGCAGUGACGAUCAACCAUAACGCCGGAGCAGUGUUCAUGGCGGAGACUCCCAUCAUCAUUGCGAGCGCAAUGGAAACAUCUUGGGUUUCGGUACCAUUCCCCGUGGACCCUGCGAUUAAUCGGACACUCCUCGAUAUAGCCUUCCAGGAACAUCAGUAUAUGUUGGCAGAUCGCUGGAAAGAAUGGGUUGGCAAGAUCUGCGGUGACAACAUCACUACGGAAGCAUUUGUGAAUCUAACCUACCUGGCAUUCAAAGGCAUUGAGUACGAAAUUAGUGAAAUAGAGGCCGUGCUCUACGAGAUGAAGAACCGAGCUACGACCUUCGUCGACAAGCACAAAAAGAGCUCCACGAGAGCAAAAAGGUGGAUCAAGCCAGCGCUGGGAGGAUUUGCGACCGCCAUAGUAUUAGCUCCGAUACUCAAGGAAGGGUUUUGUCACUACUUCUCCUUCUUUGGUCUCUGCGAUGGAGAAUCGAACUUGGACGUGCUGGGCAACGAAGCUUCGUUCUUGGAUGGGGCUGUCCGGACCAUCGUACUCGAAACCGGGGAGAGGUUGCAUCUUUAG